CUUUCCUUCCGCACAAAUUAAUGGGAGAAGAGGACUCUCUUUUACCAUGGAACGCAGCCGCCACGAAUCUCCGAUGAACAACCCCACCCGAUCCACCUCUACCAUGGAAUUCACCGUACCUUCCCGUUUCCGCCAAACGAAAUCCCCUUCAACUGACAGAUUCCUCAGCGUUUACCCCCACGCUCCUCCAUCUGACAACCCUUCAUCCUCUUCCGCCGUCGGGGAAGAGCUCAACGAAGAUGACAUAUUCUUCUACGACAAUAAAUCCGAUGGUUCCAAUUCCUCUGGCGGCCUCCGUAAUUCUCUCCAGCCAACAUCAUCUCUGUCCUCCUCCCUUCUUAACCAUAAAUCCUUUCCUCUCUCCGAGAACUUUGGAAUCCUAGCCGCCAUACGGGACUCGUCCCGCCCGAGCUCCCACUUCUUUCAAAAACCCUCAAUUUCUUCGUCACCGUCGUCUUCCUUCGCUGCCGCUUCAGCAACUUCAUCCGCUUCUCGUUUAAUCCCUUCGAUUCCGAAACCGCCACAAGAGCGAGUCCCGAUCGGCGCGUCCCCCUCUUCUUCUUUAGGAAUUUAUCAUCAAUCGGCGCCGGUAAACGUGCCUAUUCUGGCGAAAACGAUGAGAAAAAACAGGGAGUUCGAGGAUGAUUUGGAGUUGGACGUGGAGGAAGAAGGGGAAAUGUUGCCGCCGCAUGAGAUUGUAGCCAGGAGCUUAGCGCAGUCCCCUAUGUUGGCUUGUUCGGUGCUGGAAGGCGUGGGAAGAACCCUAAAAGGAAGGGAUCUUAGGAAAGUAAGGAAUGCUAUUUGGAGACAAACUGGGUUUCUUGAUUAAUUGUGGAAGAUUACGCCGAGUUGGUUGUUGAGUGGUUGUUCUGCGGAGUUUCCGGUUGAAUGCAUUGAGGUACUUCUGAAGAAUGCUCGAAUUUUGGCAUUCCUUGUUGGCUUGAUAGCUUGGCUUGAUUAUUCAUAUGGUGCUAGUGUGCAUGGUUCUGCAUUUCUCAGUUGGCUUGUUGUUCAAGUGCUUAUUCGGAGUUCGAUAGUUAAAUGAUGGUCUUUUUCGAGUAGGUGCUAACUGAAACAGAGUAAGAACCCAUGUCUUAUUACUGUCUAACAAGGCAAAAUAAUAUUGUUGGUGGAUUGAACUCCUUGCUGAAACUGAUACAUGUGUCUCUGAGAACAUGUCUGAAUUGAACUCCUUAGGUCAUAACCUCGGCAGCGAAACUUGAGAAAGAAUCGAUGAUCUACAGAAGCUUUUCGGAAUUUAGAGGAUUGGAUCAUAUUUUAGUUAUGCUCCGCCAGAACUUUGCUGAUGUAGGUACCAGUGUGUCUGAGACCUGUUAUAGAUGUUAAUUGUUAGGCACUAAUGGCAGCGAACUCGAUCUAUGGGAACUUCUGAAAUUUAGAGGAUGGAAUCUCUUAUAUCUGAAGCUUUUCCGUAGUUCUUAGAAUUCUCAUUCUUGUAGUUCCCUUAUAAAGCAAGGUUCUUUUAGGUAAAUUAUCCUGAGUCUUGUGAAUUCACGAUUUUUUUGAAGAAAAUUAGUGGUAAAUAGCAAACUAGUACCAGAAAUAAACCCUGUUGAAGUUAAAAUAAGUUGCACAAAGGGGAUUAAUAGUAAUAAACUUAAACAUCAUUUUCGUUGGUGGGAUGGGAUGCGAUGCGCCUCUGAAAGAUUGUUCACUUGAAUUUCUGAAGUUGUGUGCUGCCCUACAACUCAACUAUAGAACUUUCAUGCAGAAGUAUUUCAUCUGGUAAUGUAGAUGAUGAAGCUGUUGUUGUGAACAAUUCCAUGAUUUAUCGAGGCCUGGGUUUUGCUUUAAACUUGUUUUAUGAACAGAUCAAUAAUGGCUUGUUGUUAUGGUUGU